AUGGCUUUGAUAAACAUUAACGAUUUGAGACCUUUGUUAAAUAUUCAUUAUUUUACAAACAUUUUACUUUCUGCCUUAUACUUUAUUCUGAAACACACUCCGAAAGCAUGCGAUUUCUUGUUUAACUCUUGUCAGCUGGAAAUGAGAGAGUGGGAAUGGCUGACAUUCAUGGCCUGUGUGGUUGUUCUAAAGAACAGAAAGACUCCGUCCGUUGCAGAGUAUGUGUCGACUGCCUGCAUGUUUGUGAAGGCCCUGAGUGUUAUCUGUUUCUUCAACUACAACCCAGCUUAUGGAAUACUGUAUGUUCUGCUGUGUAUUGGUCAUGUGUUGUUCUUCCCCAAACCUGUUUACCAAGGGCCUGAAAAUAUUGUCUAUUUCAGAGGUGUCAAUCUUCCUGAAGAGCUGGAGCGAGACAAGAGAGUGACAUGGUUGAUCUGUUUCUACGCGGCUUGGUCGCCCAAGUCUGUGCACUUUGCCCCAGUUUUCUCGGAGCUUUCCAAUGAGUUCAAUUUGAGCAACUUCAAAUUUGGUAAAAUGGAUGUCUCCAGGUUUCCAAAUAUUGCAAAUAAAUACGAUAUCAACAUUGGGCCAUUAUCUCGCCAGCUGCCAACUGUCAUCUUAUUUCAAGAUGGAAAGGAAAAAGAAAGAAGACCCAUACCAACAAAGCACAUUUCAUUAAAGUUUGAUUUUACCAAGGUCAACAUGAUCAAAGAGUUCCAGCUCAACGAGGUCUACAACCAGUGUAAGAAAGCCCUGGCCAACAAGAACAAGCCCACAGUUCCUGCCGUCACAGUCGAGGCUAAAAAGGAUCAGUAG